ACAGUUUUAUUCGGCAGCCAAACAGGAACAGCUCAAGAUGUCGCCGAAGAUAUAUGGCGAGACUCCAAAAGAUUUUAUUUCAAAGGCUCAGUGUCUUCGAUGGAAGAUUAUCCCAUACAAAACUUAAUUAACGAAGAUAUUGUAAUAUUUGUUUGUUCUACAACUGGACAAGGAGAUGAACCGGAUAAUAUGAAGACUUUCUGGAAAUUCCUGUUGAAGAAAAGUCUGCCUGCAAAUUCUUUGAGCAAUAUCAAGUAUGCAGUUUUGGGUUUGGGAGACUCUAGUUAUGUUAAAUUCAAUUUUGUUGCUAAGAAAUUGAAUCGGAGACUUGCACAAUUGGGAGGGGAAUGCUUGAUACCUAUAGGUUUAGCCGACGAUCAACACGAUUUAGGCCCAAGUGCAAUUGUAGGGCCUUGGAUAACACAAUUAUGGGCCAAACUUGAAAAAAUCUAUCCGUCACCUAUGGAGCCCUUAUCUGUAACACCUAGACCUUUUCGAUGGAAGAUUAAGAUAAAAGAUACUUUAGAUACAUUCAAGAUAACUGAAGAUAUAUUUUACAAAAACGUUGAUAAUAAGCAUGACCAAUUUGUUAAAUCCUCUGUCCAGGAUAAUAAAAGAACGACUUCACAAGAUCAUUUCCAAGAUGUUAGACUUAUAAGUUUUGCUAAUGAAAGUCUUCAACAUGAUUUGGGGGAUGUGGUUUAUGUGAGGCCCCAAAAUGAUCCUGAAAAAGUUGAACAUUUGUUUAAAUUAUUUGAGGAAAAUAAUUUAAAUCUUACAAGGGAUACGGUUGUUGAAGUUUUGAGCAUUGAUGAUGAACUUCCAGUACCUUCCUACCUAAAAAAUCCCUUAUCUCUUCUAACAUUGGCGACUCACGUUUGGGACUUAUCAGCAAGGCCAAGGGCGAGGGCCUUUCAACAACUCUCUUAUGGAUUUAACAAGUCUUCAGACAAUACCAACAGUCAAUCGAAUGGUCUUGAAAAUGAUAAUCUUACAAAGGACGAAAUUUUGGAACGCGAUAAGCUGAUAGAAUUAUCACAACCUGAAGGGCUUCAAGAUUUGUAUGACUAUGUGCAUCGGCCUAAAAGAAGUGUUUUAGAGGUUUUGCAUGAUUUUCCACAUGCUGCCAGCAAACUAACAUUACAAACCAUGUUCGAAAUUUUCGAGACAAUAAAACCAAGGGCUUUUUCGAUUGCUUCAAGACCUGGUUCGGAAACUUUGGACAUUUUGGUUGCUGUAGUCGAAUACAGAACUAUUUUAAAAUCUCCACGAAAAGGUUUGUGUUCAAAUUGGCUUGCUUCUCUAAAAAAAGGCGACAAAGUUUGGCUUUGGUGCAAAAAAGGGACGAUGAAGUUUCCAAAAGAACUUGAAACUCCGUUAAUAAUGGUUGGACCAGGUACAGGUUUGGCACCGUUCAGAAGUGUUCUACUGUGGAGAGAACAUGAAAUUUUGCAAAAAUUUACUUCUGACUGUGAUAAGGGAAUGAAAAAUAUUUCUACCAGUUUAUUAUUUUUUGGGUGUCGAAAUAAAGAUAAAGACUUUCAUUGUAGGGAUGAUCUGGAGAGAUUGCAUAAUAAGGAUAUCAUACGGUUAGUUUGUGCUUUUUCGAGGGACCAAGAAGAUAAAAUAUAUGUGCAGCAUCUAAUAGAGAAAAACAAGGAGCUGGUAAGAAAUUUACUAAACAAUAACGCUCACGUUUUCGUAUCUGGCAACUCUAAAAAUAUGCCUGAGGCUGUAAAAGAAUCCUUUCAAAAUGUUUACGGAGAGGAUGAUUUAGAAGAAUUGAUUAAAUGUGGAAGGUAUCAAGUUGAAACUUGGAGUUAGAGGCAAUUGGUAGAUGGUAGACUUAUUUUUGUAAUUUUUUUUAUUUAUGGCUGCUGAUGCCUGCUCAUAA